AUGUCACGAACCGACUCUGAGCUCGACUAUCGCCAGAGGCGACGACAGUGGAACCGUACACCCCUUUUGGACCUCUUCCCACGAAUUCCGCCGGCAGCCCUGGAGCGCGUCUUGGACAUUUGCAUAAAUCUCAACUUCACCUACAAUACCUCCGAGAGCCGCUUCUGGAAUGCGCGGCGGUAUAGCAGCAUUGUAGUCGCCCAUGUUCGGCACUUUUAUACCGACUACGAUAAGCUUCUCAGCGUGGACCGGGAAGAGCGCUUUGCUGCACGGAAAAAGACCUCGGCUAAAGUGUGGAAGAUUCUCCGCGAUUGGUGUCCGUGGGACGAAGCCAACGAGGCUCUGGAGCGAUGCUUUCAAGUGACCUUAUUGAGGCCCGAGGAGCGUGGUCAGGAGUGGGAUCCGAUGGAUAUCGAUGACGAAAGAUUCUUCGUCACCACGAUUGUUGAGCCCACAAACGUUGGCAUCGACCUUGACGAGGGAGAUCCAAUGGAUGUUGAUUGA